AGGAGUCGACGAACCGAAAGCAAUACGGCUAAAAUUGUGCGGAAUGAUGGGGUGAAGAGCGGCGGAGGGAAAAGUGAGGUCGAGUGUCGCAGUGGAUCGAUCGAGUCCCUGGAACGCGAUUCCUUUGUCGAACGAUGCUUCGCUGAAGAGGCGUGGGACGUUGAGAAGAUGCUCGGGAUGCCGGUGGCUGGAAUUAACGUCAUCAUCUUGGCUGUGGUCGUCGCGGUUGCCUUGCACGCCGUCAGCGCUUCUCCGACCAAUAGGAUGUCGCUGCAACAAAGGGUGCGCCGUGCACUAGGAGACGUGGUAGCGGAGAAGAACCGCUUGGUGGAAGCCAAGUCGAGGCAGGUCAUUUUGGAGGACCUUCAAGGCGCCUCUUUGCAAGAGGCGACCCGUCUCCUGUCAAACACGGACCCGGGUUUCGGGCGGUCAGAUACUUACGAGCGCCAACGCUACGAUCCAUCAGGCAUCAACCCCAACAUUGAGGUCGUCAUCGAAUUCCUGCACGAGCGCAAAAACGUGACGGUGGCGCCGACGACGCCGUCUCCGGCGUCGGCCGCUGUAGGAAACGACGGCAGCGAUGAUCUCUGGCUCAAAGUCGACAUCGGCCACCAUUCCGGAAUAACGCGCUCGUCUGCCUGGUCGAAAUGGUCCCCAUGCACUGUCACCUGUGGCCAGGGUUUCCAGGUGCGCAUCAGAUCUUGCGGAGAGGACUGCACCGAGACUGCGAAGCGAGAGUGCCGGAAGAAACCCUGUCCGAGGGCCGCACUGCUGGAGUACGAAGACGAGCCAGACGACUAUGACGACGAUCCUCUGGAGAGCUUGCGUAAAUCUUGCGGAGAGGACUGCACCGAGACUGCGAAGCGAGAGUGCCGGAAGAAACCCUGUCCGAGGGCCGCACUGCUGGAGUACGAAGACGAGCCAGACGACUAUGACGACGAUCCUCUGGAGAGCUUGCGUAAGUGCGGUGGUCAAUUCACAGCGGCUUUGAUUCUGUAUAAUCAGGCUUGA